AUGCAGGUUUUCGCUCCUAAACUCCGUCCUAUGAAUUUUGUGUUAGCACCUUAUAAUGGUAGUUUGCCGCAGCUGGUAUAUAAUCCCUACUCAUGGUCGAAGAUUGCAAGCAUCAUCUUCUUGGAUUCUCCUGUCGGUUCUGGCUUCUCGUAUGCUCGUGAUCCCAAAGUUUAUGAUGUCGGGGACAUGUCGUCUUCUUUGCAAGCUGUCACAUUUCUGAAGAAGUGGUUCAGCGAUCACCCACGCUAUGUUUCAAAUCCUUUUUACCUUGGAGGAAGUUCAUAUGCUGGAAAGAUGAUUCCAGUCAUCGCACAAUACAUCUCAGAAGGUAACUUUGGGUAACACUGCACGUGUCCUAUAUAAAAUAUAAACAAAUCAUAUCUUAACAAAGGAAAGCCAUCAAACCAAAUUUGUCAUUUGCUGAUUUUUAGAGAGGAAGGAUAAAAAACCAUCGAAAAAACUAACGCCCACACGUGUGGCAUCUUGCACAUCGUCCACACGCCUCCAUCACCACUCAUUUUGCCACGUAUGAAAAGAUGACAUCAACAGGAAUUUUUUGGUUUUUGGCUUAAAAAUGUUAUAUCUCUUAAUUAAAAAUCUAUUUUCACCAUUAAAUCCGUCUCGACGAGAUCUUCAAAACUAGACCCCAUGUUGAUAUGUUUCGACGAAAUUUUUUU